AUGGGUGAACUUGAGUAUGAUAUAGUUGUCCAUAGCAAUGAUGUCGUUGUGACAAUUUAUAGAAUAGACCAAGACGAGUACAGUCUUAUGGAUUUGGUAGUUGAUAUUCACAAAGCUAUGCUCCUAGCUUCAAAUGUAAAUAUGUUGAAUGAAAACAGGCUAGUUGAUAAUAUGGUUGCAGGUGGUGUAAAUGUAGAAUCUGAGGUUGGAAAUGUGGAAAUAUGUGUUGUAAAUGUUCCGUUUGAGGUUGGAAAUGUGGAAACUGAUGUGGGAGAUAAUAAUGAGGACAAUGUAUAUGGUUUCAGUUCUGAGGAUAAGGACUGGAGAGGCGAGGGUGAUGAUGUUCAUGAUUCUAGCAAUGACUGCCAAUAUGUUGGGCCAAUUAGCACAUGUGAACAAUGGGAUACAAAUAGUGGUGGUUUUUCAAAUUAUCAAUAUGGGGAUGAAGGUGGUAAUGUGGAAACAAGUGGUGUAAAUGUAGAAUCUAAGUUUGUAGUUGGAAAUGGGGAAACUCAUGUGGCAGAUAAUGAUAAGGAGGACAAUGUAUAUGGUUUUGGUUUUGAGCAUGAGGACUGGAGAGGCAAGGAUUAUGAUAUUCUUGAUUCUAGGAAUGAUUGCCAAUAUGUUGGGCCAAUUAGCACAUGUGAAGAAUGGGAUGCAAAUAAUGAUGGUUUCUCAAAUUAUCAAUCUGGGGAUGAAGGUGGUAUGAAUAGUAGUGAUUCUGACGAUGUAGAGAAUAUGAAUGGUGAUAGAAAGUGA